CUUAUGUUUAAUUUUACGAUGGGUUCAUUGGUAUUACAGUGUUAUCUCCGUGUGUAAGAAAGUAGUAAAAUAUGACUUUAAUAACACGUAUUGUCCUUGUGAUUUGAUUUAAAAUUCAUUCUCGAUUCGUGCUAUGCGAAAUCAAAACAUGGAAUUCCCUAAAUAUUUGUCCUACAAUCUGAUAAGAGUCUGAUACCACCUGUUCUAGUUUCAUUUUUAAAAAUGAUCUAGUGUAUAUAUUUGAACUAAAAGUAUCGGUAAAUUGGCAGUCUCUUCUUUAAAUAUUGUCGAGAAAUAGCUGAGUGAUGUCUCUCGCUCCUCCUCCGCCGCCGCCACCUGCUGCUGCGCCUAUCGCAGCAUUCAGUUCUAAAUCAGAUUCCAAAGGAGAUGGCAGAGGCUUAUUAUUAGAAUCAAUUAGAAAAGGCACAACUUUAAAAAAGACUGUUACUGUGGAUAAAAGUGCACCUUUAAUUGGUGGUACCGCAAGUGGAACAUCUUCACAAUCGAGUAACUCCAACAAUACCACUCGAACGAACGCAAAUAGCAAACAAAAUGAUACCUCGCCGCCACAAACGGGUCUUGGAGGACUAUUCGCUAACGGCAUUCCGAAAUUAAAAGCUACGGGUUUACCAAUCGGCCAAGCAUACCAGCAAUACAGAAAUGAAAACGAUGGUGUUAAAUCAAAUUCUCUCUCAAAUAGCAACAACAGUGGCAAUAAUGUUAAUAAAGUUAACAGUUCGAAUCGCACAAAUUUCACAAAAACGAGGGGACCACCUCCGCAGCCACCUGGAGCUCCGCGUAAAAAUAAUUCUCCUGAUUUGGAGGCAAACGAUGGACUGCCAUUACAGAAUAGAUCCGGUAGUGCAGUUAGUUUAAACGAUAGUUACCAAAAUCGUGUUUCCGAUGUCGGUCAUCAUAUCAUAAAUCACGGUAAACCUUCAUUGGCACCGAAACCUAACGCUAUUGCUAAUAAGUCAGUAGGCCAUAAGAUAAAAAAUGAUGUAAGACCGCUGGUUACAAGAGCUCAAAGUAUGAGGGUGCCGAGGUCUUCGUUAAAUGUCGCUGAAUCGAAUAAUGGAUCAUCGUAUCCAGAAUACAAUCAGUCAGAAUUACAUAGAAUGAAUAAUAAAAAUAAUCUACCGUCUUUCCACCAGUCUCAAGAAUCGAUAGGUGCAAGGCAUUUGAGAUCAUCAUCGCCGCCAAAAACACCGUCAAAUGCUACCUCUUGGAGUAAUCUGAGUAGCGCACACGCGACUCUGAGACGUUCGCAUGGUUCGCCGUUGAGGCCUCCGCUAGCUAAACCUCCACCUCCUCCCAGAAUGAUGACCGGACCACCAAAUUGUCCGCCUCCUCCGCCACCUACUCAUGCGCCGCCACCGCCACCACAUCGAGUACAUCCAGCUCCACCGCCGCCGAGGCUGACGGUUAAUCAGGUAAACCUUAUGAAUUCUGGUGCUCCCCCUGUACCUCCAGUGAGAAAUUCUUCCAUGAGAAGUUCAAAUUCUGUAAAUAAAACGACGUCGUUUGAAUCAAGAUUCAUGUCGUUGUUUCAUACUGUCGAAGAAUUUCCUCCUCCGCAGCCAUAUCAAAAUGUUAUUAAGAUUUAUAACAGCAGAAUUCAGGCGAAACAACAAGCUCCGCAACCUCCAUUACAACUGCAACAAUCGGCGAAUAGACCGUGGCAAUUUGAGAACGCUUCGAACUGUUAAUUUUUCUUGAUAAUCGAAUGUUUACCUGUUGAUAACAAUUUUUUAAAUUGUUUCGAUUUUAUCAUUUGAAAUUAAAAUUUUGUUUUUGUUA